AUGAGUGCUCCAGUAUCCCUGCGGUCAGCUCUACGGUCGCAUUUUGUGGCGUCCAUUGCUCGCGCGGGGAAAUAUUUCCUUCCGGUGACGUCGGCCUCUCAAAUUCGGCAAGUUACUUAUUCCGCGUCGCAGAAUAAACGCCUCUCCGUUUGCCAGCCGCGAUGGCCCUCCAUUUCCAAACGAACCGCUACAACCUCCCCUGAGUCACCUCCCUCCGAGCCCGUGUCUACCACCCCCUACUCAGCCUUGACCGUUGGAGUCCCUCUAGAGAUUUUUCCUGGUGAACGUCGCGUGGCAAUUACCCCGCAGAAUGUCGCCCUUUUGUUGAAGAAGGGGGUUUCUCGCGUACUCAUCGAACGCGGCGCAGGCGAACGCGCUCAGCUACUGGACCAUGCCUACGAAAAGGCCGGCGCGACAGUGGUCGACCGGGACGCAAUCUGGUCUCAGAGUGAUAUUGUGUUGAAGGUCCGCAGCCCACAAUCGGAGGGACCAUUCAAUGAAAUCCAGGCUUUACGCAAAGGUUCAACUGUUAUCUCUUUCAUCUACCCCCUCCAGAACAAGCCCCUCGUCGAGGCACUCGCGGCUCGUGGCGUGACCUCCUUUGCGAUGGAUCGCAUUCCGCGAAUCUCUCGUGCGCAGACCUUCGAUGCCCUUAGCUCCAUGGCCAAUAUUGCAGGUUACAAGGCGGUGCUGGAGGCUUCUAAUCACUUCGGUCGCUUCUUGACUGGUCAGGUUACUGCAGCUGGAAAGAUUCCUCCGAGUAAAGUUCUUGUUAUUGGUGCUGGCGUAGCUGGGUUGAGCGCGAUUGCCUCUGCCCGUCGCAUGGGUGCUAUUGUUCGUGGCUUUGAUACCCGUCCUGCUGUGCGCGAGCAAGUCCAGUCUUUAGGCGCCGAAUUCGUCGAAGUUGAUUUCCAGGAGGAUGGUUCUGGUCAGGGUGGAUACGCCAAAGAAAUGUCCAAGGAAUUUAUCGAAGCUGAAAUGAAACUGUUCAUGGAGCAAGCUAAAGAGGUUGAUAUCAUCAUCACCACGGCCCUGAUCCCAGGCAGACCUGCACCGAAGCUCAUUACCAAGGCAAUGAUUGCUGCAAUGAAACCCGGCUCUGUUAUUGUUGACCUUGCCGCUGAGGCAGGUGGAAAUUGCGAAGCUACUAUCCCCGGGGAAUUGAGCAGCUACAAAGAUGUUACUAUCAUCGGCUACACAGAUCUUCCUUCGCGUCUCCCUACCCAGUCUUCAACGCUGUACUCAAACAAUAUCACCAAGUACCUUCUCUCUAUGGCUCCCCAGGAGAAGUCGUUUGGGAUUGACUUUGAAGAUGAAGUUGUGCGCGGUUCCAUUGUGACUCUAUAUGGUGAGAUAAUCCCCCCUGCUGCUCCACCCGCUCCACCCCCAACCCCACAGCCAGAGAUGCAAGCUGUCGCACCAAAGGAGGAAGUCGCUUUGACGCCCUGGCAAAAGGCAACACGCGAUGUGACAGCAGUCACAGGUGCAAUGGGCACAACCCUGGCCCUCGGAAAGGCAGCUGGGCCAGCCUUUAUGGGCAACAUGAUGACCUUCGGACUUGCUGGACUGGUCGGCUAUCGUGCUGUGUGGGGUGUAGCGCCUGCGCUCCACUCGCCGCUCAUGAGCGUCACGAACGCCAUUUCGGGCAUGGUCGGUAUUGGUGGACUGUUCAUCAUGGGAGGAGGCUUUGUGCCGACUACUAUCCCAGAAUACUUCGGUGCUGCCUCGGUGCUUUUGGCUUUCGUGAAUAUCUCCGGCGGCUUUGUGGUCACGAAGCGCAUGCUGGACAUGUUCAAGCGUCCAACCGACCCUCCCGAGUACCCAUGGCUGUACGCUGUCCCAGCCGUGGUGUUUGGUGGUGGCUUCAUCGCGGCUGCCAGCACCGGUAUGUCCGGUCUGGUCCAAGCUGGAUAUCUCGUCAGCACAAUGCUGUGCAUGGGCUCAAUCUCUAGUCUGGCAUCCCAAGUAACAGCCCGCCGCGGCAACAUUUUCGGUAUCCUAGGAGUAGUCUCCGGUAUUCUGGCCUCACUCGCUGCAGUGGGCUUCUCUCCUGAGACGCUAACACAGUUCACGGCUGUUGCUGGAACGGGUGCCUUGGUCGGAGGCUUGAUCGGCCGUCGCAUCACACCAACAGGUCUUCCUCAAACUGUCGCUGCUCUCCACUCAGUGGUCGGAUUGGCUGCCGUUCUAACCAGUGCCGGAAGUGUGUUGGCCGAUAUUGGUGACAUCACAACUCUGCACCUGACCACAGCGUACUUGGGUGUUCUGAUUGGUGGUAUCACCUUCACCGGCUCGAUCGUCGCUUUCCUGAAGCUGGCAGGGCGCAUGUCUUCUAAGCCGACGAUUCUGCCCGGUCGACAUGUUAUCAAUUCGACAUUAUUGGGUAGUAACAUGGCAACCAUGGGAGCGUUUAUUACACUGGCGCCAGGCAGCCCUGCAAUCGCAGCUAUCUGUCUAGGAACAAGCACCGUCCUCAGUUUCCUAAAGGGGUAUACCACGACAGCAGCCAUCGGCGGUGCCGACAUGCCUGUCGUCAUCACGGUGUUGAACGCUUAUUCCGGAUUCGCUCUUGUGGCUGAAGGUCUGAUGCUCGACAAUCCACUUCUGACCAGUGUCGGAUCUCUGAUCGGUGUCAGCGGUUCCAUUCUCUCGUACAUCAUGUGCGUCAACAUGAACCGGUCGCUGACGAAUGUCCUCUUCGGUGGAAUCUCGUCUCCGGCGGCGCAAACUCAGAAGAAGAUCGAGGGCGAGAUCAAGCAAACGAGCAUCGAUGACACCGUUGAAGCUCUAUCCAGCGCUGAGAAUGUCAUCAUUGUGGUUGGUUAUGGUAUGGCUGUUGCCAAGGCCCAGUAUGCUCUUUCGGAGAUUGUCGGGCUGUUGCGUUCCCGUGGUGUCAAUGUUCGCUUCGCCAUUCACCCCGUUGCCGGCCGAAUGCCUGGUCAAUGCAAUGUGCUGCUUGCAGAGGCAUCCGUGCCAUAUGAUAUCGUCUUGGAGAUGGAAGAGAUCAACGAGGACUUCUCAGACACAGAUGUCACCCUCGUCAUCGGCGCUAAUGAUACCGUUAACCCGAUCGCCCUGGAGCCCGACUCCGCUAUCUCCGGCAUGCCUGUUCUCCAUGCAUGGAAGAGUAAGGAGGUUAUAGUGAUGAAGCGGGGGAUGUCCAGCGGAUAUGCGGAUGUUCCCAACCCCAUGUUCUUUAUGCCCGGUACUCGGAUGCUAUUUGGCGAUGCCAAGACCUCUUGCGAUGCCAUUAAAGCUGCCCUAGAGGCACGGAAGUUGGCCUUCGACGAGAACCUAUAG